AUGAAAGAUGAAUACCUCUCUACAGGCUCAAGGAUCAUUCUUGCGAAUGAUAUAACUGUUUUUGAACCGUUCCUUGAACCUACCAUUUUUCGCAGACCUGUUCACAAUCCGCCAAGGGCCUUGCAAAAGGCACAUUCUUUAGGACACGGAAAGGAAGCUCCGCUUCUUGAUGUACAUCAAACCAAGAUCAUUUUCGAUUUGGCGCUGCCAGCUUCCAACGGCCAAUUGAAGGAUCCCCUAAGCAAUGGAGUAUUUUUCAAGGCCCAUAGAAAAAAUGAAAGGAAGGAGACGCAACUCCGAAAUAUUGAAAAGGAGCGAGCCCAGCAUCAGCAGAUACAGUUAGAUCGUCUUCUUGUUGCCUUGCAAGGUGCAGAUUGGGUCCGAGUGAUGGGAAUCAGCGGUAUUACCGAGUCAGAGAAAAAGCUUUACGAACCGAAACGUGCUUACUUUAUUAUGGAGUUGACUGCACUGCUGGAGAAAUUUAAGUUUUGGAAAGAGAAGGAAAAGAGGCGAAAAGCGGAACAGCAGCAUCUCCCCUUGAAAAAAUCAGACUCUUGUACCCAUGAAGCCAGCAAUAGCCACCGUGUCUAUGAACGCGGAAAUUGGGACGAAGAAGAUAUCGAGCAUCAGUAUUCCCAUUUACCGUCGGAACCUCUCGAUAGGCUUGGGGAUGAUGAAACUGAUGAUAUCGAUGCAUGGGCCGCGCAUCAGCUUCACCAAGAAGCUCUGUCAGCGUUACCCCAAAAAUACUCGAAGCCUGGACCCCAAGCCCAGGUGAUGCAUCCAACCAAUGCUCAGGCCAUCGGUCGAAACCCCCCAUCCAGAUCGGAAGUGAAACUGAUGGCCCGUCUUCCUGACGAUCGAACCGACAAACUUGCUACUACAAACUGGAAAUUUGUUCCCUCAAUGGCAGCGUUUGGCCAAAUUAUGCCACAAAUACAGCGAAGCGUUUUCUUGCCGCCACGCUGUAUAUUGACCGAAGAAGCCAUAAGAGAUUGUUUGAGAAGGAAGAGGAGGCGCAAAAGAGAGAGACUCGAGGAUGAUUGA